AUGAACAAUGAAGAAAUUAGUGAAACCCAACAAAAAAAUAAGGAAAUUGGGGGUAAGGCCAUCUAUGGACAGACUGAAUGUUGUUGUGUGCCGGAAAAUGAAAUCUAUUUGAAGAGCAAUGGUGAUGAAGUAGGUGAUAUCGACUAUACUCCAAGAACAAAUCGAAGUGAUUUCUUUGAUGCAGAGGAUGGAUGUGUAGUCUCUUACAGUGAUAAUUUGGUGAACGUUCUGUUCUCGGAUCUCCCCAAUGAUGAUGAUCCGGGGCAAUCCUCAAGGAGCUACAAUUCACGGACACAUGCUGAACUCGAUAUCCUAAGAUCAAAAAUUUCUAUGGAGAUAGGACGGCGAGUAAGGGCAGAAGAAGCUUUAUCACUUUGGCAGAACCUUUGGCAGGAAAUGAUAGAGAGAUUUUCAUUGAGUGGGGUGUCAUUACCAUCAAUAGAAAUUGAUGGAAAUAGAUUGGCUAGCUUUGUUGACGAUGUCUGUGGUCAGUUCACCAUUGCAAGGACCGUGCCAAAUGCUGCUGGAAGGGCAUCGAUAAGAGCAGAAACAGAACAUGAGAUGAAGAUCCAGAUUGAUAAUAAAAAUUCUGAGAUUUCAAGGUUACGUCAUGAACUGCAGUACUAUGAGUUGGUCAAUCGCGAAAUGUCUCAACGGAAUCAAGAAGCCAAAGAAUAA